AUGUUGCGCUCGCAGACUACUAGGCGACUCGCCUCGCUUGCUGCAGUCCGUCAAUGGACCUGCCCGAAAUGUCUGCCGCGACGGCUUUACUCGCAGAAGCCAGCGAAGCGUGAACCUCCUGACCACCGAAAGCUCGGCCACCAGCAGGAGCUAUUCAUCACGUCCGCCUUCAGUCCUGGGUCGCCAAUAUUCCUCCCCAAUGGCGCGCGCAUAUUCAAUCGACUUGUGGACUUUCUACGAAGGCAAUAUGUGCGAUACGGAUUCGAAGAAGUCAUCACCCCGACCAUAUACAAAAAGUCGCUAUGGGCCAAGUCCGGCCACCUCGAAAACUACGCCGAAGACAUGUACACGGUGACCGGAAACAAGCGAGCGGCGGCGCUCGAGCAUUCCGAGGGAUGCUGUGGCGAUAAAUUGACCGAAACGACCGGGGCGCAGGAGGAGGACGACAGUGAAUAUGGCCUCAAGCCUAUGAAUUGUCCUGGACAUUGUCUCAUCUUUGCGUCGAAACUACAUAGCUAUCGAGACUUACCGGUACGAUAUGCGGACUUCAGCCCCCUCCAUCGAAACGAAAUAUCAGGCGCACUGUCUGGACUCACGAGAGUCCGCCGCUUCCACCAGGAUGACGGCCACAUUUUCUGCCGCCCCAGCCAAGUCGAGGAGGAGAUUAAAAAGACGCUCGAUUUCGUGAAGGUAGUCUAUACAACUCUAAAAUUUGGCGUCAGCUAUCGGUUAGCACUGUCUACGCGACCAAAAGACCACUUUAUAGGCACAGAAGACGAAUGGAACAGAGCAGAGGAUCGUCUUCGUCGCGCCUUAGAUGCAUCAGGCAUGCCGUGGAGCCUAAACGAAGGAGACGGUGCCUUUUAUGGCCCAAAGAUCGACAUUGUGCUCAAGGAUUCCGACGGAAAAGAGCACCAGACCGCGACGGUCCAGCUUGACUUUCAGCUACCAAAACGCUUCGAGCUGGAAUACCAAGCACCUGCCCCCGAGUACGAGGCUCGUGGCGAAACCACAGAGGAUCCUGCUCUGCUGGCAGAGUAUGGCCCGGUACGGCCGGUCAUGAUUCACCGCGCUGUGCUUGGUUCUGUGGAGCGUCUUAUGGCGCUUCUCAUUGAAAACUACGACGGCAAGUGGCCGUUCUGGCUGAAUCCGAGACAAGCCAUCAUUCUCACAGUCAACACAACCAGCCCGGUAGUGGAUUGGGCUGGAAAGGUGCGUGACAUAUUGCUGGGCAAUCUUCCGGCAUCCUACACUGGGAACGAACCCCCGGUGACGGACACUGGCAUUGCCUUGUCUGGCCAAACAGGUCUGGCAGUGGAUCUGGAUACCACGGCCAGGUCCCUAGGUGCCAAGAUUAGAGAGGCGCGGAACAAUGGAUACAGCCAGAUCCUUGUCGUGGGCGAUGAAGAUGUGCAAAAUAGACAAGUCAGCCUGGGCAAGGAGCGCAUGUCGCCGGGUAACAUGAGAGAUAGGAUGAUGCAGAUGGUGGACAGGUUUGAAUAG